AUGCCCUGCGCCGGCAAGUCCUCGAUCCUCGCCGCCCUUCUGCGCCUCACCCCCGUCUCCUCCGGCCGCAUCCUCGUCAGCGGCGUCGACGCGGCGGCCCUGCCGCUGCCGGAGCUGCGGCGCCAGUUCGCGGUCGUGCCGCAGGCUCCGCUGCUGUUUGGGGGCAGCCUGCGGUUCAACCUGGACCCCCUGGGCCAAUACAGGGGCCAGGACGAGGACCUGGCCGUGGCCCUGGAGGCGGUGCAGCUGUGGGAGCCGCUGUGCCGCCUGGCCCUCCACCAAGGGAAGCUGGGCGGCGCCACCUACCUCGCCUCCCGCCGCGCGGCGGGCCUGAUGGACCGCAUGCUGACGCGCCGCGCGGAGCGCAUCGCGUCGGGGGCCGCCGGCGGCCGCGCGGCGCGCCGUGGGGCUGGCGCGGCGGAGGGGGACCCGGAGCAGCACCAGCAGCAGGAGCAGGAGCACGAGCAGCGGCGGGAGCGCGACUUCGAUGUCGAACAGGGCUCAAGAGCGGCGUCGACGCCGGCAGAUGGGGGUCCUCCCUACUUGAAGCGGCGCAGCCUCAGCAUGCCGUUUUACCAGCAGCCCGCCACGCCGGACGCGGCCCGCAUCCCAGGACGGCCGCUGGCGCUCGUGCUGGGAAUGAAGGUCGGCGGCGAGGGCGGCCUGCAGCUGUCGGCCGGCCAGCAGCAGCUGCUGUGCCUCGCGCGCGCGCUGCUGCGCCGCUCGCGCCUCGUGCUGCUCGACGAAUCGCCCAUGACCUGA